UCUAGAUAAAGCAAAGAACUCACAAGAUUAUAAUAUCGGAGAUUUUGGAUAAAUCCGCAAACCAAAUAAAAGAAACAAAAAUGGAUCCAACCUUGUAUCUGAAAUAUCAGUAAUGGUGAUUUUUCACUUGCUGAAUAUCUGAAAAGGGAUGAAUAUCCAACCUUGUGUCACUCCAACAGGCAACACAAUCUUACACGUGGCAGCCCAUUAUGGCCACUCACAUUUCGUGGAAGAAGUCGUUAAGAUUAGUCCGGCGUUGUUAUGCCAUCGGAACAAGAAGAAUGAAACUGCGCAUCACGUAGCAGCUAAUGAAGGUCACAUCGAAGCGUAGUCCAUUCGCUACUUAGUAUGGAGGAGUAUUAUAACGAGACGCUCAUGAGGAUGACAGCUGAGAAUGGAGAUACAGCGCUGCACAUGGCCGCGCGAAGCCGACAUCAAGAUGUAGCCAGAAUCUUGGUGAAAGAAGAUCCUGAAUUCGAAUGUCCAUCCAACAAGGCUUGGGAGAUACCACUGUAUCUGGCAGCUGAGUCUGGUCUUCGUGAAGCUUUGAGUGAAAUCUUGGACUCAUGCAAGCAACCAACUUCUUCUGCAGGUCCAUUAAAUCGAACACCUCUGCAUGCAAAAGUAAUUCAGGAACACACAGAUUGCGCAAGAUUGCUAAUGCAAUGGAAUAGAUAGUUGUGUGAGGAACCUGACGUGGGGGGUUGGAAUUCGCUGCACUUUGCUUCUCUUUUUUGAUUGAAAGUAGUAGUUUCCGAUAUGCUGGUGUGGAAAAGAUCCUUACCCUACCUUCCAGCAGGCAGUGAAAACGACUGGACAACAGAAAUUCACAUUGAAGCCAGUGCAGGUAAGAUAGACGUUUUACAUGAGCUAUUAAAUCACUGACCUCAUUGCUGGGAAAUGCUCGACAGAAAUGGCCUAAAUGCUAUUCACGAAGCCAUAUUCUGCAGUCAAACAAAUGUGGUCAGUUACUGAAGUCCAGAAAGUGGGAUAAGCUUAUCGAGGAUCCAGACAACGAUGGCAACACUCCUCUCCAUUUGCUUGCUUCCUCUGAUUUUUGGGGCUAUGUUCCAUUGGAAUUAAAAUAUCAUCCCUGAGCAAAGAAGAUGUCAUAUAACAAGGAAAACAAGACUCCUUUUGAUGUAGCAGUGUCUUGCACAGAGUAGACGGCAGACAAGGAUAGAAUCGCGGCCAGCUUAUUUAACGAUUUCUUUAUUUCCAUUGCUCAGUUGGGAGGACGUUCACCCAAGCUGAACCAUAUGGAUCCUCGUCCAAUGUCCUAUAAGGAUUUGGGUUAUUUGUGGUAUCUCAGUAAAGUUGGCGCUAGGUCGCUUCUCGUGGCAAUGUCAGCAGUUGUAAUUGCAUUUGCAACUGGUAUGUAUGCUACUUUAGCACAUUGUCUCGCUGUUAAUGUCUAUUCCAUCGGUUGCACCUCUUUCAUUAUGUACGUGUGGGCAGCGCUGAGGCCAGUAUGCUAGAUACGUGUAGCAAAAAGGUAAUGUAUACGUACAAAAAGUAUUUUUGACAUGUAUACUUUGUGUAAUUUUCUUUAUACAUAAUAUAAAUUCAUUGGUUGCACCUCUUUCCUUGUGUACAAAACUUCUGUUAUGUUCCUUGAACUGAAAUCGCUAUAUAUAUAUUAGUAAUAUGUGCAAAAAAGACUAGUGAAAUUCAUGAACAUGAGCGGAGACAAUGAUUUCAAGUGUUAGUAAUUGAAUUCCUAAAGAUUACAAAUACGAGUCUAGAACAUUGAGGUGGGAUGACCGGUGAAGGAUCCAACGGACAUGU